AUGUCACACUUUUUAAAAGCUUUUUUUUCUUUCUUUUCUAGAUUUAUCUUUAAUUUACUUUGGUUUUCAUUCAUCUUCUUUUUCCUUUCCUUUUUCGAUUUUCAUAUCUUCCUUCAUUGUCUAAUUUUUCUUUUGUUUUCAUUGGUUUUUUCUCGGUUUUCACGCUUAUCUUUAUUUACGUUCUACAUUUCUAAUGGUUUUCUUCUUUUUCUUUUCUUCUUCUUCUUCAAUUUUUUCUUAACUUAUUCUCUUCUUCUUCCUCUCUUUCUUCUUUUUCUUCUUCAUCUUCUUCAACAUCAACUUCUUUUUUUCUUUUUCCUUCUUAUUCUCCUUCUUCUGUUACUUCUUCCUCUUUUCUUUUUCUUCAACUUUUUUCUUCAUUUUCUUCUUCUUCUUCUGACGUCUUCUUUUUCUUCUUCUGCAUCAACUUCUUUUUCUGUCUUCUGCAUCAAAUUCUUUUUCUAUCUUCUACAUAAAUUUCUUCUUUUUCUUUUCCCUCUUAUUCUCCUUUUUCUGUUCCUUCGUCCUCUUUUUCUUCAACUUUUUCUUCUUCCUUUUCUUCUUCUUUUUCUUUUUCAUUUUCUUCUUCUUCUUCUUCAUUUCCGCUUUCGUACGCUACCCUCUUUCCAUUUUUUUAAAUGUUUUAUUCCUUUUUUAUGCUUCCGUUUUGUAUUUAAUUCUUUUUCAUUUUCUUUGAUUUUCUCAACAUUUCAUUCAUCUCCUCCCGUUUUAUUUCUUUUCCUUUCUUCUUUUUUCGUAUUUUUCUCUCCUUUCGGUUUUUGCACUUACUUCUUUUUUCUUUUUUCUUUCAUUCUUAUUGCUUUUUUUUUCUUCUUCCAUUUAUGUUGUUUUCUUUUUCUUUUUUUGUGCUCUUUCCUUUUUUUUCUUAUUGAUUUCUUUCUUAAUUUUUAUUCAUUCAUUUUAUUUCUCGUUGUUAUUUUUUUCAUUUGCUAUUCAUUUCGUUUCCCUUUUUCAUUUUCGUUUCGCUUUUCUGAUUACCUUUUAUUUCUUUCCCCAUUUUUCUUCUUUCUUUUUUAUAAUUUUUCUUUCCUUUUUUGUCAGUUACUUUACUCUUCUGGCAAAUAUUCGGCAUUUUUUGCUUUAGCUUUUGCUCUUUCGAAACCAUUCAUUGCUUCUUUCUCUUCCAUUAACUCACUUCUUGCUGAGUCACUUCCUUUUCCUUUAUUCCUUUUCUACCUGCUUGAUUGUUCAGUCUUUUAUUCUAAUUUUCUUUCUUUUUUAUUGUUUUUUCUCGUUUUUUACGCUUCUCUUCAUUUACGUUGUUUCUUUCUAAUGCUUUUCUUCUUCUUCUUCUUCUUCUUCUUCUUCUUCUUCUUCUUCUUCUUCUUCUUAAUUUUUUACACAUAG